AUGCCAAAACCACCCACACUCGGUCGCCAACGCCGCACCAACCCGGUUGUCUGGUGCUUCGCCAUCGUAUGCUCCAUCAUUGCCACCACCAUCAUCAUCGCCGGAAUCGUCAUUUUCUCGGGUUACCUCGUGCUACGCCCGAAAGUCCCUCUCCUUUCUGUCCGUGCAGCGCGCUUAGAUAACAUCUACUACAAUGGGGACGUUUUCGCGGUUAAACUAACGCUCGUGAUCCGCGCGGAGAACCAUAACCGGAAAGCCCACGCGAGCUUUUACGAUACGAGGUUGUUGCUCGGUUACCAUGGUGUACGUAUAGCGCGGUUGGUGGCGGACCCGUUUGAUGUGCCGAGGAAUGGGACUGUGGAUUUGAACUAUGUUGUCGAGUCGUCGCCGAUACCGCUGCCGCGGGAAGAGCAGUAUUUGACGGAUCAAUCGAUGAAGAAAAGUAGGUUGAUGCUGUUUGUGUUGAAGGGGAGUUCGAAAACAAUGUGGAAAGUUGGUCCGUUGGGUGAGGUUAAGUUUACGUUGCAUAUGGAUUGUGAGCUCGUGUUGCCGGUUAAUGGUAGUGUACUAUUGCAUUCACGUUGUAGCACAAAAUCACAUUGA